AUGUCCACCCCGAGCUCCAAGCAGCACCACCACUUCAACGACGAGAACAAAACCCCCGCAAACUUAAAGCUUCACCACGACGCGACGAGGUCAUCCUCCAAGCUUAACCACCUGUCGUCGACUAGCGCUGCGCAACAAACACCCGCUCGCCAUCGCCAACCUUUAGCUCCUUUCGACAACAUUUAUUCGCGCUACAACGCUUCUACCCCGUCCAAAGGAACUCCAGUCACACCGGCAUCGCGUAUGAGGUCGAGCGGCACGCCCAAGGACGCGACUCCCGUCCGCCCUGUCGUCACCAAGGUCGACCCCGACGCGCGUGAACUUCCUCUUCCCAAGGGCCUCGCCUUUGCGCGUCCUGCCGCGUCGCUGCUGCCGCUCCCCACCCCGCCGCAGCAUCGCCAUGCAUCCCCGCGCCAUGGGUCGCCGUUCCACCACCCGCAUCACUCGCACAGCAUGCCUCCGCCGAUGAUGGCGCACCACUCGCCCCUCCCGCACCACAUUCACUCCACGCCGUCGGCUCGGUCAGUGAUGACAUACGCUUCGUCCCCUAUGACACACCUGCCCUCGACUCCCGACAUGCACGCGUCGCCCUACCCUCCCGGACCCAUCGAGCUGCACGACCUACUUGCUCCCGCUCGUUUCCCAGGCCCGCUCCCCCAAGCGUACCUCAACCAGGGUGAGAUGCCUUCCAACGGCAGUGGAGGCGGCAACGACGACAAUGCUGGCAACGACGAGGGCAGUGCGAACGCGCGCCGAACGCUUGUUUCGUGCAACCCCUGGGACUACCGACCCGAGGACCACGGCAAGAACAAGCCGCGUCGCCGCUUCUCGCCCGGUGAGCUCGACAUGCUCGAAAUUCUGUGGAGCAUUUCGCACAACCCGCACAAGUGGCAGCGUCAGAAGCUUGCCAGGUGGUUUGGAUGCACAACGCGCCACCUGACCGUGUGGUUCCAGAAUCGUCGUCAGGAUCUCAAAAAGGCUGAGACCCUCGUCCAGAUGGCGGAGACCAACCCCGACACCGCUUCGCGUGCUCUCGCCGCCGUCCAGCGUGCGAACCGCGGCGACGCGUUCAAGUUCACCCCGGAGCAGCAGCAGGUCAUGAUGGACAUUGUCAGCGAUCGCCUCCUGCCCGAGAUGUGGUUUGCGCAGCAAGCCUCCGGCUCGUCGCCGACGCCGAAGCGUUCGCCUUCGCCCAUGGGUGCCACCCACAUGCUCCCUGCCGAGCGCCGCCUCUACAACCAGGGUGGCCCGAUGGCCAUUGCUCCCAAGCCUCGACAGGAGCCGUACGCCAUCAAGCCCCUUCGCCGAGGCUUCUCGCUCGACGAUGUCUGCGCCGACCGCGAGCAGAGCAUGAGCUACAAGCCACUUGCCCGUCCUCGCCCCCGUGUCGAUGAGUACGAGCUCGACCAGAUGCACAAGAACGACCCCCGCUACCGCGAGGCGUUAAUCAACAUGCUUCCGUCCGAGCUGUCGUCCGACGCGGUCGAGGCCCCCGAAGACGCCGAGGAUGAAGAGUUUGCUGUCGACGAGGACUCGCCUACCCGCAAGCGCGCUCGUCAUAACCCGAAGCCGCGACCCACCUUACCUUCUAUCGGUUUGGGAAGGCCCGCCGGCGCCGGCCACAAGCCGCGUUCCAGCUUUGGACGCGCAUCCAGCUCUGAUGUUCUCGCCUGCUCGUCUCGCGCCCGCUUCCUCGCCAACAAUGGCAUGCCCGCUAACGGCGGACCUCAGCCUCCGCGAGCAGUCACCGACCCAGUUCCGUCUCGCGCUACGUCGGCUGGCCCCACCGCUGGUGGUGUGCCGCCCGUGCCUGAGCAUAGCCGUGUCGCUGAGCCCGCCGAGGCUCAGAAGAUGCGCAAGCUCUCGCGCCAGGGCUCAUGGUCUCACCUGCCUACAUUGAAGCAUCGCGACUCAUUCGACCGAUCGCGCGCCGAGGCUACGAUCGCUGAGGCUUCCUCGCCUGUCCCCAGUGCGACGCGCUCGCCGACUCCCACCGAGCCCGUCUCGCCGCGCACUGCCAACGGCAGCGAGGGCUCGCGCAAGACGUCCUCGUCGUCGGCUGCCGAGGCGUCCACGCCGCCUAGCGCGUCCGCCGCGGACAACAAGCCUCGCCUCCCGAUCCCCGAGGGCCGCAACAUUUACUCGUUCUCGACCGAGCUCGAGCCCGAGACGAAGCGCGGUGCGCAGGAGAUGGACGAGAACGUCCUCACGGGCGCCCACGCGCUCAUGUAG